AUGGGCCUUCUCCUGCACGAUUACCCCAACUGCACCAUCACAUCCUCGGACACAAUGGAGCUACACAGCCCCCCUCCACGCUCUCUCCUUAUCCUUUCUUCUAUCAGUAUUCACAACCCUGCAACCAUGGGAAAGAUUAUUUUCUACGAAGGCCGUAACUUCCAGGGUCGUCACUGGGAGUGCGGUAAUGACUGCAUGGACACUUUCAGGCACUUCAACUGCUGUAACUCCAUCAGGGUGAGCGGAGGACACUGGGUGGCCUAUGAGAAGCCCAACUAUAUGGGAUACCAGUACAUCAUGGGGCCCGGAGAGUACCCCGACUACCACUGCUGGAUGGGCUUCAACAACUGCAUCCGCUCCUGCCAGAUGUUCCCUCCUUACAGAGGCUCCUACAGAAUGAGGAUCUACAACAGGCCUGACAUGAUGGGACAGAGUAUGGAGUUCAUGGACGACUGCCCCAAUGUGUACGAUCGUUUCCGCUUCAGGGACAUCUACUCCUGCAAUAUCAUGGAGGGCUACUGGAUUUUCUACGAGCACCCCAACUACAGGGGGCGCCAGUACUUCCUGAGGCCCGGAGAGUACAGGGCCUGUGGGGACUGGGGCUGCCACAAUCCCAUGGUGGGCUCCUUCAGGAGGAUGAGGACUAUGUAA